UUAAUCUCAAAACUCCUAAGUACUUCACAAAUCCAGUGUGUGGGUCUUCCAGUGAGUUGGAGAGGAUUGAGGAACCAUGGCACAGUUUGGAACCUUGAAAUGGACUAUACCUUUUAUACUUCUAAACGUUGACCCCUGUUCUACAUAUUAUCCAGCCAUCUAUAAAAUAGAUGAUAGAUAUUGCAUAAUGUGUAGGCCUGGAUAUCAUGUAAAUAGUCAUUGUACUAAAUCUACAAGUAUACCUUCCUGUGUGCCCUGUAUUGACUCCACGUUCCUUGAUGAGCCCAGUGGUAAAACAACAUGCAACAACUGUACCACAUGUGAUCCAGGUUUGGGUUUGAUGGUGAAGCAGCCAUGUAGACCUUCAUCAGACACUGUCUGUGGGACACUGGAGGGGUUCUACUGUCUAGACCCAACUAAGGAUGGUUGUAGAGCAGCCCAGAGACACAGCAGCUGUAAACCUGGUCAAUACAUCAGCCACACAGGAACAACAUCUACAGAUACUGUGUGUUCUGACUGCCCUGGUAAAACUUAUUCARAUGGAUCAUUAACAUCUUGUCAACCACAUACAGAAUGUGAAUUCUUGGAAAUUGAACCAGGAACUCCUUGGUUGGAUUCAGAAUGUGGAGAAGCCUCACUUCCCACAGCUGGAAUCAGAGCUGGUGUUCUGAUAGGUGUUCUAUUUUUUCUGAUUGCUACCAUAGCUGGUGUUUGUUUAUUUAUAAUGAUAAAAAGAGAAAUGGAGAGAAGAGAAAUAGUGAGAACAAGACAAAACUUAGACCCUCAAAUACCUACACAGGCAUCCCCAGAUCAGGAAAUACCAAUGCUGUCUGGGGGAACUGGAAAUGAUUCAAGCCUCCAUCAUAGUCAGGGAGUCAACAAUCUGUAAUCUGUGGUCCACUGGCUGGCUGGUCCAGCCAUCUAUAGAGUAUCUUAACACUACAUGUUAAGUGAUAUUGUAGAAUCUGGUUGGUAUAAUAACAGGAUUCUACACCAGAUUCAAUUGUAGAGUAAAGAAAUGAAACACAUUGAAACCCAACCUCCAGUAGGAAGAAUGUGACUUCUAGAUACCUGUUGGGAGAGGACCACUGUGUCUUUGUAUCACAUGGGGAUGUUUAAAACUUACUCCUCAGCCUGAACUGUUCCCACUUGUGUCAGCGAAUAGAUAGCUUUUUGUGUGGGCGCUACUGGUAAGAUGCUUCAGAAGGGCAGAAACAUAUCAGCUUCUGCCUACAGCCUACAGACUGGUCUAAAAUGAGAAGGACCAUGUGAUGAGUAUUAGGAACCAGCAUCGGUAAGUGAGAACCCUCUGCUCUGCCUACGGCCUACAGACUGGUCUAAAAUGGAAAGGAGCAUGUGAUGAGUAUAAAUUAGCUUCACCUUGGUAGGUAACAGCUUAGGUAGGUGAAAACCCUCUGCUCUUCCCAGGGGAAAGUGAAAUGUGUGUAUAACUUCAGGACCACAAUGUCUGUCAGCCCAGACUAU